UCUUUUCCACGGUCAGUAAACGCAACCUCGCCUCGCAAUUAAGGUUUAAACGGCGGGAAAUCUAAAACAGCUGAAUAGCCUAAAGGUUUUCUUAAGCUAUUUGAAAAUAAGUCCCAGGGACGAGUCCAAGCGACCUGAAACAAGACGCAAUGAGUUAUUUGAGGAACAUCAAGAAAAUGUUGAACAUACCAGCUGGAACCAGAAAUGUGGGCUCCAAUGGACAUCCCAGUUUGACAGAUUCCCAGGUUUUCUUUGGCUCGCAGUUUUGGCAUGAACAUUCCCAGGGUAUGUCUCAGGAAAUGAGUCUGUCAUCCAGAAACUCCCAGCAAAGUUCGCAGGAGGGAAGUGACCCAACAAUUUUAAACAGAUAUACCUCUAAACCUCUUCUGUUUGGGGACAUGAAGGACAAAACGAGAACCUCAGGCUUGCUUGACAAGUUUGAAGAGGACAGGAAAAAAGCAAAAGAGAGAAGUGACAGUGACCACUUUUUAAAAGAAUCCCAACAUAUUAGAGAAACUCUCAUCAAUAUUCAGCAACUGGUGGCUGGCACUGAGAAAAACACAUCUGUGUGCCAAACGAUCUUUGAAAAUUUUGACAGUUUUGCAUCAUCACUGAAAACUAGUUUGGAGAGCCUUAAGAGAGACAUUUCCCAGAUGUUUGAGACUUGGGUAGACAAAUUAAGCUCUCAGAAGGAAGUAAUGGCAGAGCUGGAGGAAAAACUGCAAAAGAAUGGGGAAGCCACAUCAGAGCUUGCAACACAACUAAAGAGCUUAAAGAGUAAUGUGGAGUGUCUGAGAGGGGAGCAGGAAAGAGAACAAAAAAUGCUGGAGGAGGCUCUGAAGCUGCUCAACUCUCUUGUUCCUAAGCCUUCAGAUAAACCCAGUCCUAAAUCAAUGUUAGACAGCGCCAUUCAAACAUCUCCAGAGCGGGAGAUGUCAGCGCACAACAUUCUGAAGAGCAGUCAAAGUGAAGGCACACAGCUUCCAAAUGUGCCAGGCAACCUUAAACAUCAGGGUGAAACUUCCACACAGGGCUGCAGGCGCGUCUUCGGAAAGAGAAGACUCAAUCUGAAGGGCCAAAGGUGCAAAAAGAGACCACUGGUGCUCUCUCAGAGUAGGAAGCAGUUUGUCCCAGAUGAAAACACCAAACCUAUAAAUCCUUGUAAGAAGUCACAGAAAACAUCAGGACCUCUUUAUGAGAACCAUGAUCAGAACAUCCUGGCCGACCAGCAGAACCUCGGUUCAGGCAGCCUGAUACCAGGGAAGAAAGGAAGUAGAUCCUCCAUGGCCGCAGGAUGUUUCAUGAACCCGCCGAGCUCCUGGUCCCAGGACAGCAACAGCUCAGAGUGCCUCGCUGCCAUCGAACCCAUCCUGGAGAUGCUCAGCCCAGUAAAACAAGGAGACUUAUGGGAGUUGUUUGAUUCUGAAUUUGACUUUUAGAGAAAAUCUACAGUCCUAAGCAGUCUUAGUUUUGUUUUUAUAGGUGACAUGAGUAAAAUCUGUUAACAUAAAACAAUAUUUAUUAUUACUUUACUAGAGUUAUGUUGGAAAACUUUCCUGAUUUGGUCUGAACUCAAGAAUAGUUUAAGAAUAUAUAGCUUAAUAUAAGAACUGUAGUAGCAUAUAAGAGUGCAGACUGAUCCUCAAAGUAUUGCACAAUCUUAUUGAAAUACAGUACAGACCAAAAGUUUGGACACGCCUAUAUGUCCAAACUUUUGGUCUGUACUCAAUACAGACCAAAAGUUUGGACACAUAGGUUUGUCCAAACUUUUGGUCUGUACUGUAGUCUUGUUGAAUUUUUUUCAUGGCUUACUUAAAACAUUGUAGUUAAGUUUUGCACUGCUGUAUCAUUUAGUUCAAUUAUAUUUCCAGUUUCAGAGUGAAAA